UGGACCCGGAACAGUAAAGCAGCACUCCGAAGAUGGCCGGGGUGUUUGAGGUGGAGGUUGAUGGAGUGGAGCACGAUCAUGGACUGGAGCAUCACGAUGAACCGAACCAGUUUGAUGUGUCCAAGCUUUCACCAGAGGAGAAGUGGAGGGUGGAGCAUGCAAGAAUGCAUGCUAAACACAAAGGCCAUGAGGCCAUGCACGCAGAGAUGGUGCUCAUCCUCAUAGUCACCCUGGUUGUUGCUCAGCUAGUCCUUGUGCAAUGGAAACAGAGACAUCCAAAGUCAUACAAUCUGGUGACUCUGUUCCAGAUGUGGGUAGUUCCUCUCUACUUUACUACCAAACUUCACUGGUGGAGGUUCUUGACCACGUGGUUUAUCUUCUCUGUCAUCACAGCGUACAUCUCCUACCGUGCCACUCGCAAGCCACUGGCCUGCACCACACCAAGGUCGGUGUAUAAGUGGUUCCUCCUGCUCUACAAGAUCAGCUAUGCCACAGGAAUAGUUGGCUACAGUGUCGUCAUGUUUACACUUUUUGGUAUUAACCUAAUAUUCAGGAUAAAGCCAGAGGAUGCAAUGGACUUUGGUGUUUCACUACUAUUCUAUGGUCUGUACUACGGGGUGCUAGGAAGAGACUUUGCAGAAAUGUGUGCAGACUUCAUGGCUUCAACUGUUGGGUAUUACAGUGCGUCUGGCAUGCCAACUAAGCACCUCUCUGACAAUAUCUGUGCUGUGUGUGGUCAGCCCAUUCUUGUGGAUGUCAGUGAGGAAGGGAUUAUUGAGAACACAUACAGAUUAUCCUGCAACCAUGUGUUCCAUGAGUUCUGCAUAAGAGGAUGGUGUAUCGUCGGAAAGAAGCAGAUGUGCCCGUACUGCAAAGAGAAGGUGGAUCUGAAGAGGAUGUUCAGUAACCCCUGGGAGAGGCCGCAUGUCAUGUAUGGACAACUUUUAGAUUGGCUUCGGUACUUGGUGGCUUGGCAGCCUGUUAUUAUUGGAUUUGUUCAAGGUAUCAACUACGUCCUGGGUCUGGAGUGACCCGCGACUGGCAGAUAUGGACAUAUACGCCAUAUGGAAAAGUUAUGCACUGGCUCAAAAGACUGAGUGGGCCUAACAUUGAACUAAAACACCAAUAAAAAGUGUCUAUACUUUUUGUAUAUAUUUAUAGGCACAUAUUAUCUGUAUUUACGGUUUAUUUGAAUUUUAUUAGUAAUUUGAAUUUGGAUGUCUCAAUUUCCCAGGAUUUGCUUCACACAGCGUUACACCUAAUAAUUGGUUUGUGCAUCUUACAACCUAGUAAAGCGGUUCUCAAAAUCAUUAGAAAGGUGCGUUUCACUAAUUUAUGUCUUAAAUGUGUGUUAAUACUUAAAGGAUCAUGCUAGAGUUUUUUCAUCCUCAUGUUGAUCACACAUGAGUAAUAAAUAUUGAAUGGAAAUCAACAUAAAUCAUUGCUCCCUCUGCCUCUUAAAUACAUCAUACCAGUAUCCACAAACUUCCCCUGGAGUUAUUUUGCAAAUGCGUCACUUAUGUAAUCAUUCGAAUAGCUGUUUGACCUGCUUGACACUAAUUCCAUAUUUUGAGCUGAAGUGACAUGGGUGAGUUUCCUAAGUGCUGAGAGUCGUGCGCCAUAGGAGCGGAGGCGUUGUCAUCAUGAGGAAAAAAGCGCUAAUCAUACACGAACAGAGGAUUCCUCAUACAGUACUGAAAAUGGAACUUCUUGUUGCAGGAUUUCAAAAUGUCCCCACUGCCUUCAGGGACACUCAUCCUUACCAACUUGGCAAAACAUGCUUUGCUUUGACUGUUACCCUUUGUGCAAUAUCUCACUUCAUUAAGUUUGUAUGAUUUAAAUUGGAGGAAUGUCACUGUCAACCAAACAGUCUUCUGUUUUUGCUCACACUAAUGACUGUUUUUAUUAAAGGGUCAGUUCACUUAAAUUAAAAAAAAAAAAAAAAAAAAAGUUCUCACUUAGCUGUAGCUGUAUCUAGGUUCAACUCUGUCAGCUGUUUUCUUCGGAACUACUUUCCAACAAAGAAAUAGUCCCGUGAAACUGUUGACAUUGUGACUGUGGAUUAUUCAGAGUUUUGGGGAUGGCAUUGUUGCCACCAUUUAGAUAUCUUUUUCUAUGCUGUUGGCAUUACUAACUAAAUUUUAUUGGGGUGGCAGCAGAAAGCCUGGCCAGAUAUAUCUGCAUGGCUAGAUAUUGCUAUAGGUGAGAUAAUGUUUUUCUAUAAUUUGGGUGAACUUAAACAGUUCUGAAAUUGGAGCUACCCAGUAAGCACAAAGCUAAGAUACCAGCUAGUGACUGGACUAAAGCGAUUAACUGUUCAAACAAAAUCUGACCUGAUGAGGACAGAAAACAUCCCGGGAUGAUCCUUUAACUUGGUGAGAGUGCUGAUGGUGCCAGUCUUAUUUUAAUGUGAUCUGUUCAAUCUGAGGUCCCAAAAGGGACUAUGUACAACAAGCCCAACAUGACCGUUUUGUUUUGUUGUCAAUGUUUUGAUCAAGAUCCGUUAAUAAAUGUCAUAUGGUUUAGA